AUGUAUAUUGGCAACUUCAUACCGGCUCUCAUACUCGAUCGCAUCGGACGCAAGUACUGCAUACUCAUCGGAAUCAUCCCAAAAAUCGUGUCAGCACUAUUCUUGGUGUUCGCUACUAAAAUCUGGAUGGUAUUCCUGGGCAGAGCACUUAAUGGGAUGUCAGAUGCUUUCAUAUUCAUUGUCGUGCCAAUGUACGCCUCGGAAAUUGCUAGUACAGAUGUAAGGGGCUCUUUAGGUACAAUACUCCAGAUCAUGUGCUCCUUAGGGAUAGUAGUGAUGCUGAGCGUGGGACCUUUCAUCUCUUAUUUGGCUGUAAAUAUUCUCCUCACCGCUGCGGUACUGGUUAGCGCCGUGCCCUUGAUAUUUCUACCGGACAGCCCGUAUUUCUUGUAUUCGAAGGGACGCACCGCUGAAGCCCUGGCAAUACUCGAAUUUUUGCGUGGUUCCGAAUCAGCUGCAAACUUGGAACUCAAAGAGUACGCCUUAGAGAAGAAAGUGGAAGAUAUCGGACUUGGCACUUUCUUUUACGUCACAUCAAGUACCAAAUCAAUCACUGGCUUCAUGAACUUUCUGCCUUUGAUGUCUCUUAUUUUAAUCGUCUUUUGCUACAGCGCGGGUCCUGGUUCCUUGAUUUGGGCGCUAACAGCUGAACUGUUUGAUAAUUCAGCAAGAGCAUUCGGUCUCUCUAUAUGCAUGACGAUAAAUAUGAUAACCAUGUUCAUCACCACCAGAUACUUCGCCUCCCUCAUGUCGACAAUAGGGCCGGCAGCUACGUACUGGUCAUUCGGCACCAGCUGUCUACUACUCUGUUUAUUUAUAAUAUUUUUCAUCCCAGAAACGAAAGGGAAGUCUUUCUCGGAUAUACAAAAAGCCAUGGGCGCUGAAAAUUUUGUUUGUGACGAAGUAGAUGUUAAAUGAUUUUAUAUUUUAGCUAAUAAUGAUCAAGAUACAUUCAAUACGUAAAUGCAAUCCA